CAGAAUUAAAGACAGGCACAGAUAUUUUAAUUUUCACAUUUUAUACACUUUCCCCCUCAUAUUUAGAGCAAGAAAUUAUGUUAAACUUCUUACUUCACAUGAAUCGCAGAUCUUGAGUCUAAAUAAUCCCACAUUCCAAAUUUGAGCCCCCCACCAAUUAAUGCUGCUUUACUGUAAUUCAGAGGCCAGCAAACUGUUUCUGCAAAGGGUCAGAUAGUUAAUACACUUUAGGUGCACUUAAUCCUGCUCUUAUAGCAUAAGAACAGCCGAUGUGUAGGUGAAUGACCGCAGUCACUUUCCAAUAAAACAUUAUUUAUGGACACUGAAAUGUGAAUUUCAUGUCAUUUUCAAGCAUUGUGAAAUUUUACUAUUCUUUUUCAUUUUUUUUUCAAUCAUUUUAAAAAAGCAUCCUUGGCUAUACAAAAACAGGCAGCGUGCAGGAUUUAGCCCACAGGCCGUAGUUUGCCAAGCUCUGCUGUAAUUAUAUAUUUUGGGAAAGAACACGGUAACGUAGGAAAUCCACAACUGGCGGAUACCCCUCUGGGAUUUUUCACUGGUUGGCCGUUGUCUUGCUGUACUGUCUUUACCGGCCAUUCUCCCAAGGGCUUUCAUCACAAGCCAGGGACCCCCUUCCCAGUCCCAGCAUCCAGGGCAGUAGGUGGACGCACAGCUACGCUAAGUGUGACACCUUGAGGACACAGUGUGAGUGGCAGGCACCAUCCUGGAGUUACCAGCAAGGCAUGUAUGCCUACUGGGAAGAGUGAACCCAGGAAGGCAGAGGGAGGCCAGCCACGCAUAAAGAGCCCAAAGUCCGCUACGCGACCUCUCUCCAAAGGAGCUUCCAAAGAGCAGUCUUUGGGGGCAUUUUAUUCUAUUGGAAAAAACAAGAACGACAUCCAGAGCCUUCCCAGCUGAGACCUGGGGGCCCAAGACAUUGAAGACUUCCCUGAUUUGGUUAAGGCUCCUGCCUGCAGCCAUUAAUACACACCCGGGGGGAGGAGAACCAGGCACAACCCUUCCUCCCUCUCCUCUCAAAUGCUCUCAAAGGAGAAAGAAGGAAAAGGUACAGACCAAAUUGCUAUUGAAAAUCAUGAGUUGUGCUCUACUCGGGGGAAUGGCGAAUAGGGGGCUUUGAGAAGCAAAGAAAUGUUACAACAGGCCUGAAGCAAAUGGGAUUACUCACUGCCUGCCGGGUCAGACUCCCCCAGGGCGAUUAUGCUGCUGUGCUGGGAUGAAGUGUUUUGCUCAUUUUUGGAAAAGGAUUGAAGAGGCCAUUCUUUCCAUUCCCCUGCCUCCAGAAGUGCUUCCCCGAAACAUCUUAUCUUGUAAAUUAUCCAGGGAAGAAGAUUCGGCAGCAUGCUAGGCUAGAAAGCUUAUCCUUCCUUCCAUCUAAUUCAAAGUUUCUGAGAAAGCAGAGAGAGGGAAUGCUCAGAGGGAAUGUGCCAGGACUUGCCCUGGGAUUCUUGAGAGUCUGUGAGGGGCUCCUCUUCAGGGGUAACAAGCCCUGAGAGUCUCAUUUUCCUAAUGCUCCUGCACAGAUGGUAACAGAAGGGCAUGGGCUAAAACGUAGCAGGGGCGACCCAGUGGCAGGCACCCCAACCCAGGCAGGGAACUGGUGACCAGCGAAGAACUUAGCAGUCCUGAUCCCCAGGUAUGCAUGCUGACAGCUCAGAGCCUGUACUUAGAGUAGAGGACCCGCAGUCCAGCCCAGCCUUGUGGCGGUAGGACUGGGGUGCCAGGAAGUGCUCUCUUUGGUGCUCUGAGAGAGGACUGUAGAACAUGCCACCCUCUCUGGGGGGGUUUCAGCUCCCUCCCAUCCCAGCGGUAGGUGACACUGUGGGACGACUGGUAUCCACAGCCAUGGGCAGUGCAGUGAGGGGGUCAUGUCCGUCCCCCCCCCAACCCCGACAGUUGAGCUCCAUAGCAGUUGAGUCUUCAGGGCCAGACAUGCAGCUCCUGGACCUCUGCUGCACUCCUAGCCAAGAGCUUACUUGCCCGGGGGGGUGAUUCGACUUUGCUUACAUCUCCCCUCAGUAAUUAACUCCCGUGCCAGGCUCUGCCCCCCUGCGCCCACCAAGCAGUAACCCAGUCCUUGUUGCCUUAACCAGGACUUAGCCAACCAGGUUGGAUACUGUUUGCCCCCAUCUCAAGCUUGGGGUGAAAUGGGGUUUUUAGCCGAAGAGCAUGGUUUUAGUAAGACCUUUCCCACCUCCAUCUUUUGCUUUACAAUGAAAAGCUCUGGAACCUUCUCUGAAGACUUCUGCACAGUCAGGUCCCCGGAGUGACACCGUCACUGGGGCCAAUGCAGGGGCCUCUUCCAUGGCCUCACAGGAGGUAGUGGUUGGGGUCUCCCAAGCAUGCUGCCUAAAGGGCCUGUCCAGCAUUGGAGGAGUUAAUGUGGGAGUGCGUAAAGCAAAGGGGAAAAAAGUUGGAGUUGACACUUGGGAGGGGGGGAGAGAGCGAGUCCCGCUGACUUCUGAUUGGUUUUACAUUUCAUCCAAAAUUUUUUUCCUCUCCUCUCUCGCUCCCUCUUUUCAGUUUCUCUCUCUGAUCCCAGGGGAGGGGAAACGGGAAUAGUGAGAGAUCAAAAAUAAACCUCUUAUGUCAAAGCCGGGAAGGAAGUAUAAAUACGAAGGGCUCGGCAGCCCACUCGGUGCUUCCCGGGGUGGGGAGGAGGCAGGCGCGGAGGACGCGCACGCGGCUCGGACGCCAGUUGCUCGCGCUCUGCUGGGCGGGAGGGCGCGGGAGCAGCGGCAGCGGCAGUGCCAGCCCGAGGGGCCGUUCGGGGACCGCUGCCGCCAGGCACCCACAGGCCACGCGGCCGGCCGGACGCCCGAGCUCCUUGCGGCGGGGACCGCAGGUCGGCUGCCCGCACCUGCCCGCGCCGGGCCCGCUUCUUCCGUCUCCCGCGCCGCAGCCGCAGCCCCCAUGCCCCGCGCCGCCCCCGGGUGGCCGCCGCUCCUGCUGCUGCUGCUGCUGCUGCUGCUGUUAUUAGUGUUGCUGCUGCCGCCGCUCGCCCUCGGCGCUCCAACCCGGCCCGGCGAGGGGGAGCCGGCCUCGGCGCUGGUGGUGCCCACGCGGUUGCCGGGCGGCGCCGGCGAGCUUGCGCUCCACCUGUCCGCCUUCGGCCGCGGCUUCGUGCUGCGCCUGGAGCCCGACGCCAGCUUCCUGGCGCCCGAGUUCAAGAUCGAGCGUCUGGGGGGCUCCGGCGGGGCGGCCGGGGGCGAGCGGGAGCUGCGCGACUGCUUCUUCUCCGGCACGGUGAACGGGGAGCCCGAGUCGCUGGCGGCCGUCAGCCUGUGCCGCGGGCUGAGCGGCUCCUUCCUGCUGGACGGCGAGGAGUUCACCAUCCAGCCGCAGGGCGCGGGGGACUCCCUGCAGCAGCCUCACCGCCUGCAGCGCUGGGGGCCGGGGCGCGCUGCCGCCGAAGCCCAGCCCCUGCUCAGAGCGCCCGAGUGGGAGGCGGAGAAGGGAGAAGAGGGUCAGAGGCAGGAGACAGGAGCCGGCGCGCAGGAGGAAGAGGAGGAGGAAGAGGAAGGGGAAAAGGAGAACGAGGAGAGCGAAGAAGAGGAGGCAGGAGGUGCCACCGAGUUGCCACCGACGCUGGGGGCCACGAGUAGGACCAAGCGGUUUGUGUCUGAGGCUCGCUUCGUGGAAACGCUGCUGGUGGCGGAUGCGUCCAUGGUUGCCUUCUAUGGAGCCGACCUGCAGAACCACAUCCUGACGCUGAUGUCCAUGGCAGCCCGCAUCUACAAGCACCCCAGCAUCAGGAACUCCAUCAACCUGAUGGUGGUGAAAGUGCUGAUCGUGGAGGACGAGAAGUGGGGCCCGGAGGUGUCCGACAACGGCGGGCUGACGCUGCGCAACUUCUGCAGCUGGCAGCGGCGCUUCAACCAGCCCAGUGACCGGCACCCUGAGCACUUUGACACGGCCAUCCUGCUCACCAGACAGAACUUCUGUGGAAAGGAGGGCAUGUGUGACACUCUGGGCGUGGCAGACAUCGGCACCAUCUGUGACCCCGGCAAGAGCUGCUCUGUGAUCGAGGAUGAGGGCCUGCAGGCGGCCUACACUCUGGCCCAUGAGCUCGGGCACGUCCUCAGCAUGCCCCAUGACGACUCCAAGCCCUGUGCUCGGCUCUUCGGGCCCUUGGGCAAGCACCAUAUGAUGGCGCCCCUCUUCAUCCACCUCAACAAGACGCUGCCCUGGUCCCCCUGCAGCGCCAUGUACCUCACAGAGCUCCUCGACAGCGGGCACGGAGACUGUCUCCUGGACGCCCCCACUUCGGCCCUGCCCCUCCCAACAGACCUCCCAGGCCGCAGGGCCCUCUAUGAUCUGGACCAACAGUGCAAGCAGAUCUUUGGGCUGGGAUUCCGCCACUGCCCCAACACAUCUGCGCAGGAUAUCUGCGCCCAGCUCUGGUGCCACAUGGAUGGCGCAGAGCCCCUCUGCCAUACGAAGAACGGCAGCCUGCCCUGGGCCGAUGGGACGCCCUGUGGGCCCGGGCGCCUCUGCUGGGAUGGCAGCUGUUUGCCUGAGGAGGAAGUGGAGAAGCCCAAGCCCAUGGUGGAUGGAGGCUGGGCCCCGUGGGGACCCUGGGGAGAGUGUUCGCGGACCUGUGGAGGAGGAGUACAGUUUUCACACCGCGAGUGCAAGGACCCGGAGCCUCAGAACGGAGGGAGAUACUGCCUGGGUCGGAGAGCCAAGUACCAGUCGUGCCACACAGAGGAGUGUCCCCCUGAUGGGAAAAGCUUCAGGGAGCAGCAGUGUGAGAAGUACAACGCCUACAACUACACAGACUUGGAAGGGAACCUCCUGCAGUGGGUCCCCAAGUACGCGGGGGUGUCUCCCCGAGACCGCUGCAAGUUGUUCUGCCGAGCCCGGGGGCGGAGUGAGUUCAAAGUGUUCGAGGCCAAGGUGGUUGAUGGCACCCUGUGUGGGCCCGAGACUCUGGCCAUCUGUGUCCGGGGCCAGUGUGUCAAGGCUGGCUGUGACCACGUGGUGGACUCGCCUAGGAAGCUGGACAAAUGUGGGGUGUGUGGGGGCAAAGGCAACUCGUGCAGGAAGGUCUCCGGUUCCCUCAACCCCUCCAGCUAUGGCUACAAUGACAUCGUCACCAUCCCAGCUGGUGCCACCAACAUUGACGUGAAACAGCGGAGCCAUCCAGGGGUCCAGAACGACGGCAACUACCUGGCCUUGAAGACCGCUGACGGGCAGUACCUGCUCAAUGGAAACCUGGCCAUCUCUGCCAUAGAACAGGACAUCCUGGUGAAGGGGACCAUCCUCAAGUACAGUGGUUCCAUCGCCACCCUGGAGCGGCUGCAGAGCUUCCGGCCCCUGCCAGAGCCUCUGACUGUGCAGCUCCUAACAGUCCCUGGGGAGGUCUUUCCCCCCAAAGUCAAAUAUACCUUCUUUGUCCCAAAUGACGUGAACUUCAGCAUACAGAGCAGCAAAGAGAGAGCGACCACCAACGUCAUCCAGCCUCUGCUCAACGCGCAGUGGGUCCUGGGGGACUGGUCUGAGUGCUCCAGCAGCUGCGGGGCUGGCUGGCAACGGCGGGCUGUGGAAUGCCUCGAUCCCAGCGGCCAGGCCUCCACCACCUGCGAUGAGGCCCUGAAGCCUGAGGAUGCCAAGCCCUGUGGAAGCCAGCCCUGCCCCCUGUGAUCCAGUGGGUGGGCCAAGCUCGUGCUCAUGGACUUGGGGUGUGGGAGGCAGACAAGGGUUGCACUGCGGUGACCCCACCUCCGGAGGUGGCAUGGCCCACCCAGGCCCGGCAGGGCCCCAGCCCCUCCGGUUGGCAUGAAUCCAUAAGGGGGAGGGAAGGAGAGGAGACACAGCAGAUGUUAAAGUCUACUACCUAGUGGGUUGAACCUUGUUUGGGUUCAAGUAGAGGGCAUAGGUUAAAAGGUAAAGAGUAUACUUAUUGACCCAAACAGGAGACUCGGUCAGCCUGUUUGCAAAGGACUAGCAAAGUUAAAUGAAAACAUUUUUUCUACUUGGUUCCCUCGAUAAAUAAUCUACCUCAGAGGGGAAACAAAUUAGUAAGAGAUGUGGAGUAGGGUGGAUGGUGUGUCAAAGCAAGCUCUGUAGCUGUGCCCCGAGCGGUCUUCAGAAAUGACCUGGACGAUCUUGGUAUUAAGCCGUAGCCUGGAGGGCUGCAGGCCCCAGGAUCGUGGAGAGCCCUGUGUUCUCAGGCUCCCACCUGCUGGGGUGGAUCCAUGUCAAGUAUUUAUGCAAAUGUGUCUCUGAACUAAAGUGUGAUCUUGUGCCAAUGGAGUGGUCUGACCUGGCUCGGUAUUUCUUUGGAAAGGGCAGGGGACCCAGGACCCAAAGACAGAGGCUGAAACUAGGUCAGCUCACCUUGAGCACCUGCAGGGCAGCUGGCACCUUGCCUGCGUCUCUGUGGGCGUCCCCCUGAGUUCCGGUGCCUGCGGAGUCCAGCUCAUUUGGGCAAUUCUCCAUCUGCAUAAUCUAGACAACUGGUUCCCAAACUUUAGUGGGCAUUAGGGUCAUCUAAAGGACCGCUUGGAGAAAAAUAAAUAAAUAAGAAAAUAAAGGACUGCUCGAAACAGA